CUCUUCCAUGGCGGGACGUGUCUGAACCAGCCCGGGGUGGAGCUUCGUCUGACUGUGAAGAGGGCUCGUUUUUACCGCAACAGAAGGGAAAGUAAAAGCAGCAGAUUUACAGGAAGUCCCCCCGAACUUUAACGUGGUCUUGAGAAUAUCCGACGAACUGUUGGAGUGGCUCAAUGACCAUGUCAGACUACGCUUUGAUUGGUGCAGUUUGUGGCUCCAUUUUCCAGAUUGUUUUGUGUGUGGGAGUCAUCAGCGGCUGUGUGUCUCUGUGCUGCUGGUGCCACAAGAGGUGUCGGAGACGUCGACCUCAAAAUGGGGUGAACGUUAUAUAUGUCCCUGCUCCAGUGCCUCCUGAAGGAUAUCAGCUGUCUUUACCAAACUACUAUUCUGCUCCUGUGUCACCUCCUAACAUUGGCCCGCCAUUACCCACUACACCACCACCAUCGUACCAGGAAGCUACUUCUCCUGGGCUUUAUCCUUUGGACAUUUCUCAAAGACCACCACUGUACCCCAACCCUCCUUCACUGGGCCAAAACUCACAACAGCCUCAUAACCCUGAAUAUUGUCUUCCCAAAUAUGACCACAGAUGAGCCAAGUUCACCUUUUAAUGUACACUGCCUAUACCACAGAUUUUAAUGCUAUAAUUCCACUAUGUUUAUGCCAAAGGGAUGUACUACGAAGCUAGAUCGUUGGCUAAGAUGGGUUAAAUCAAUAGUCUUUAUGCAUAUAUUAUUGAUCAGUGUUGUAGUUUGAGUGUGUUAAGUUUUAUAUUCCAUUGCCGGGAUCACGCUAUUCAUUCUCUCGUGGCCUGAGAAAACCCCCACUUUGCUCAAUCUACAUUCACAAUCAAUUUACAGAGAUCUAUUUUGUUUGUUAUCAGCAGCACUUAUAAUAAUAUUUUAAGAUCAGCUGUUAAGCAGAUGGCCCUUUCUUUCUUUGCAUAAAACUGGUCACAUGACACAGCACACACCCCUUUCCUUGUGAGUGCAGAUUGAGCUCAAAACUGGCUUUACAGAAUCAGUCUCUAACCGGCUUCAUGAGACUCGUCAUCUCUUAGCUGAGGUUGAAAAGCCUGCUCACUCUAGUUAAAGCCUGACUAUGUCCAACGCUUCGUAGUAGACCCCUCUGUGUUUCUCAGAAAUGUUAAGAUUGGUUUUAGCCCAUGUUUAAACCUUUAUUUUUUAAGUUAAGGGGGUUUUAUGAAGCCAACUUUACCAAAGUCCUUGAGAAACACUGGGUCACAUUUAAACAAGUGCCAUUUUAAGCACUACCACUAGAUGUUGCUAUUCUUCUAUAUAUAUUUUUUUACACUCAAAAUGGUUUGUACUGGGUGUUAUUGCUACUGUUGAAUAAGUGUUAAUAAAAAUAAAACAUUUUUGUGUUUGUAA